CCACUGCGUGCACCGCCGUCCAAGGAGAGAGCCCAAAACCCAAUCGAUCUUUCCUAGUGGCCACUAGACACCAUGGACGACAGCAACCGCCGCCGUCAACCCCGGCGAAACCAGCCCUCCUCUUCCACUUCCUCCACCGCCCCUACACGUUUCCGGUCUCAAAAAUUCUCUACAAAUCCAACCAGAACCACCCAAUCCUCAAAUUUCAUUCCAUGCUCCAAUACAACCACUGGAACUACCCAUGACAAUACCAGAAAUCCCGGCCAUAUCCCUAAUUGGAAAUCUGAAGCAAAUCCCUCGAAUAAUAAACAAGAGGAAGAAACAGAAGCAAGAGGAGAUGUUGGUUCUAUAAUUGGAACUUGCCCUUUCAUGUGCCCUGAAGGAGAGAGAGCACAGAGGGAACGCCUACGAGAUUUAGCUGUUUUCGAGAGGCUAAAUGGAGAUCCUUGGAAAACAUCUCCAGCUUUAGCUGUGAAAAAGUUUUGCAGAACUAUAUCACAGAAGUACGUCCAAUCGUCAGGUGUGCGCCCUCUCGCAGUAUUGGAAGAUACAUUAAACUAUCUUCUAAACUUACUUGAUUCAAGUGAUCAUCCUUUCGAAGUGAUUCAUGACUUCAUCUUCGAUAGGACUCGAUCGAUAAGGCAGGAUCUUAGCAUGCAGAAUAUUGUCAAUGAAAGAGCAAUUCGCAUGUACGAGAAAAUGGUAAAAUUUCAUGUAGUGUCUCACCAAAAGCUUAGGAAUUGUAGCGGUUCAAGUAUUGCUUCUCUGCAAUAUCUAAACAUGGAGCAGCUUACAAAGACUUUGACAUCUCUGUAUAUUAUGUAUGAAGCUAAUCAUGAGAACAACUCUGUUAACGAGAAUGAAGCCCAGUUUCGUUCAUUUUACCUGCUUCUUCACCUAGAUUCGAAGAAUCAACAAACGGAGUCGUCGUUGUCAUUAUGGUUUCGUGGUGUACCCUCUCCCAUAAUGAAGUCUAAAGAAAUGUGUUUUGCCCGUCAAGUUCUAAGACAUUAUCGAAUGGGAAACUAUAAACGUUUUCUCUGUACUGUUUCAUCUGAGGCAUCAUAUCUACAGUAUUGUAUUAUCGAGCCAUAUGUUAAUGAGGUUCGAGCACUGGCGAUUUCAUAUAUAAAUAAUUGUUGCUACAAGGUUCAUCCAUAUCCUUUGGAACAAUUGUCCAAACUAUUGAUGAUGAAGGAAUCAGAUGUGGAAUCCCUUUGUCAUGCAUGUGGUCUCGAGACUUUGACGGACAACGGCGAAAAUAAAUCCUUACCAACGAAACAAACAACAUUCUCAUUCCCCGAAGGAAGUUUGCAAAGCUACAAACUUAUAGGGUUACAGGCAAUGACAAGGUAACCUUCCAUUCUAACUCAGUCUUAUAUUUAGGAGUUGCUGGUGAAGAGAGUGGGUGGAUAGUCCUUGUAUACAGUUGAUGUUCGUUUGUUAUUUCAGUUUUAUUUCGAUAGAUAAUUCGAGUUGUAAGUAAUGUUAUAAUUAGGGUUGAAUUCUGGUGUUGUUUGGGGUGUUAUUGU